AUGGGCCAAUACUGGCUGGUGGUUUCUCCGUCCAAACGCGAGUACACAACACAGGAUUUUGGUGGAAAGCUGUCAGAGAUGCAUUUCUCGUCGUGGGUUAACAUUCUGUGUGACCUGAUUGAAUCCGAGUGGGCUGGCACCCGGCUCAUCUGUAUUGGGAAUUACUUAAAUCCAGACGAUCUCCCGGCCACGAUUCAACAAGACAACCUACACCUGGUUUGCGCUGAGAGCGAUGUACCAUCAAAGCCUCUCAACUACGACGUCGUGCAGGAGAAGUUUGAACAGUGGUCUUACGAAGACGAGGAAGCAGCGACUCUCGCUGCCAUGAAAGAAUCUAUCAAUCGCAAAAAUCGAGUCCUGAGAAACUUGACUACCAGUCAAUAUGUGUUAGAGAACAAGUUGCAAUGUGGAAUCACCCUUGGUCACAUUGUUCUGAUGCGUAUCUGUUGGUCGUUUGAUAGUUCGACUGGCAUUCCGGGAGGAGAAUAUCUGGCCAAGGGUGACUGGGUUGGUCAUGAGUUCGACAUUGUAGACGCUGGUAAGCUAGCAGAUAUGAACGGAGAAUGGGAAGAUGUCACCGAGGACACCCGCGAUGAGGUUCAGGAUCUGUGGUCGGGCGAUUUCGGACAAGAUUGGGAAGCUGAAUGGAGAGCUUGA